UCUCCGGCUGUCGCCGUCUCCGCCUGCGCUAGGCAGAUCUCGCCGCCGCCACCAUGCCCCGGGGGAGCCGCAGCGCGGCCGCCCGGCCUGCCAGCCGCGCCGCCGCGCCCUCUGCGGCCCCGCCCGCGCCCCCGCCGCCCUCGGCCGCCGCCGCCGCCGCCGCCCCGUCGGGCCAGCCCGGCCUGAUGGCGCAGAUGGCGUCCACGGCCGCGGGGGUGGCGGUGGGCUCGGCCGUGGGGCACGUCGUGGGCAGCGCCCUGACCGGAGCCUUCAGCGGGGGCAGCUCGGAGCCCGCCCAGCCCGCCGCUCAGCAGGCCCCCACCCGCACUGGGCCCCAGCCCCUGCAGAUGGGGCCCUGCGCCUACGAGAUCAGGCAGUUCCUGGACUGCUCCACCACUCAGAGUGACCUGUCCCUGUGUGAGGGCUUCAGCGAGGCCCUGAAGCAGUGCAAGUACAACCACGGUCUGAGCUCCCUGCCCUGAAGAGACAGGUACGGACUGGUGCAGAUCCCUGAGCCAACCCUGCACCCACCUUCACCCCUUCACCGACAGCCGGACCAUGACCUCAGAUUGUACCCAUGUAGCUGGGAUUGGGAAUGAGGAGGGGGGUUUCUCACCUCACAGAUGACCGGAGACGCAAAUGUGCAAUUAAAAGAGUUUAUUUUAGACCAUA